AUGAGCUCAACCACGCCCUACACGGAGGAGGAGAUACAGCGCAUCCGCGCCGAUCUAGAUAAACAGCUUGGCCCUGAGUUCAUCAGCACCAGACCGGCGGGCGGUGGCCGGGUGAGCUACCUUGAGGGGUUCAAAGCGAUCAACCUUGCGAACCAGAUCUUUGGUUUUAACGGCUGGUCUUCAGAGAUCAAAGGCACGCAGGUGGACUUUGUAGACGACCACAACGGCUCGGGAAGAGUUAACUUGGGGCUCUCCAUCACGGUGCGCAUUACGUUGCGCGACGGGACGUACCACGAGGACAUCGGAUACGGGCACAUCGAGAACGCAAAAUCGCGCGCGAUGGCGUUUGAGAAGUGCAAGAAGGAAGCCAUGACGGACGGCUUGAAGCGCGCAUUGCGGUGUUUCGGGAACGCCUUAGGGAACUGCAUGUACGAUAAGAAUUACCUCAACCAAGUAUCCAAGCUAAAGGCUCCUCAGUCUGAUAUGGUUGAGCAUCAAUUGUUCAGACACCCGUCGCACACGCCAAAGCCAAUCAUGGCGCUGCCUGCGGUGGCCAAAUCUGCCCUUAACCCUAGCCACACAAGGACGAAUGGAAGUGUCGCCAAUGUGAUGCUGAGAGAGACGCCAAGGGAAUCUCUGAUGAGACAGAUCGAAGGAGCAAAGCCCGCAGCGCUUCCGGUGGCUGCCCCAAAGGUGCUUCCGCCGCCGCUGUUUGACUCUCUCAACGCCGAAGAGUUUGACGAUUCAUUCCUCUUUUCGGAUGAACUUGACCUCGCGCUGGACGGGAUCAAUGAACUCGAUGACUAUGAAAUGAACUUGGUUCUUAGCAAGGAGAAGCCCGACACGGCCAAAAUAACGGCACCGGCUGCAAACCCUUCCCCCGACGCUCGUGUGCUCAAGUCACCGACCAGAAAGAGGCCGCACACGGAGAUGGCGACCCCUGAUGCCAGUCGUGGGCAGAACCUAGCCGCAGCACCUGCGACCCCGCUAUCUGACGUUGUUACCAGACCAGAACUCGUCCCAGAAACCGUGACGUUUUUUUCUGCAAAGGCCGCCACCGCCGUCCAGACAAAUUUGCCAGUUCCACUGGAAGUUGCCUUCGACCCCCACUUCCAGUCCCCGUCGUUGCGCAAGGUGUACACCCUUGAUCCCACCAAGAGUACGCCGGUUAAACGCACCAACAUAGCUCCUAGCAAGCCCCUUUCUUUGUCUCAGAAGGUGUUGGCUCCAGUGGCUCUGCCCCGCGCCCCAAAGCGCGUGGGAGCUCCGCCAAGUGCUUCCACCAAGCGUCCACACGUCGCGUAA